UCAUCAUCCAUCUGUCUUUUACAAAAACGCGUACUCCUCUUCCCCUUUUGGCCCCACACGUUUUCCCCUCUCUCUCUCUCUCUCUCUUUCUCUUUCUCUUCUUCCUCCUUUGCAAUUUCAGAGGUUUUUACCCUGUACUGCCACCUCACUCCACCUCUCUGUUUUCUUACAAUUCAAGAUUAUUUUUUUUCUUGAUCCCAUAUAAAGAUUUCAUCUUUUUCUUCUAUUGGGUGAUUUGGGGUUUGGGUAAAUCUUGUUUUGUUGUUCAUGGCGUAUCAGAUGAGUCCAGGUGGGAGUAGUAGUGGUGGGGGGUCGGGUUCACCGUUUGCGGGUCGGGGCCCAUAUGGGGUUGGGGAUACGACGUAUACGAAGGUUUUUGUUGGUGGGUUGGCUUGGGAGACUAAGAGUGAAUCACUCCGCAGUUAUUUUGAACAGUUUGGGGAUAUUAUUGAAGCGGUUGUUAUUACUGAUAAACAUACUGGACGCUCUAAAGGCUAUGGCUUUGUUACAUUCCAUGAUCCUGAAGCUGCAUGGAGGGCUUGCACCAAUCCUAAUCCAAUCAUUGAUGGUAGAAGGGCUAAUUGCAACUUGGCUUCACUUGGGAGACCUCAAGGACUUUUACCUUAUGGACGUUUGAGAUCUUCAAUGACUUAUCUGGGAAAUCCACAGGCCCCAAGGGGUAUGUAUAUGGGGAGCCCCUAUUACCAGUUACCAGUUCCUUACAGCUAUCAGUCUGGAUUCUCAUAUCCUCCAUAUAGGUUUCCUGCAUAUGGGCCAGACUAUGUUUACCCACAGAUGUAUGGGAUACCAAAUACUGUUGGCACAAACACAUUACAAUUUGGCCAACUUGGUGCGCCGCCUGGCAGUCCUGCAUAUGCGUUUCGCGGUCAUUUGAUGACAGGUCCUCAGAUGGUGCAAUAUCAGAGACCUAAUGAUAGCGGAACUACGACAGACAAUGUUCCUCUGAUGCAACUACCAUAUCAUUCAGUGAAGGUGCUUGAUUACCCCAUUUCUUCAGGCAUCACCAUGCCAUCUCCUCGUCAGCCGCAGAAUGCAGUACAAGCUCGUCCACCACAAUUCACUCAGAGCAGUGGCUCUGACCAAAUGGCAGGUUGAAUGGUUUAACUGGAUGUAUCAUGGAUGAAUUCAAGGAAUUGGCUCGCUGUUAUUUGUGUGGUAAGACUUGGAACAUGACCUUGAACGUCAGAUGGGGAGGCAAACAGAGGUCUUCCAAAGUCACGACCACCAAGAACUCGAGGGAAUCACUUGUAAGAUACCAAGAAGUUCAGAUAACCAUAUCACAAAUGAGGAAGUGCCUGGACUGCUCUUUUGCAGUCUGUAUGGACAAUCCUGCCAGGACUUCAAGUCACUCAUUCAUUAAAGUAUAUAAUUGAACUGAUUGUGGAAGAUGGUUUCCGCAAUCAGAUUUAGUAGAAUCAACAUAUGAUUCUUUAAAUAGGCCUGGGUCAUCCUGGUCUGUAGGUGUACACUUCUCUUUAAUGUCCAUUUGACAUGUGCGUCUUUUAUUUGUUUUUCUUUUCGAUGUUUUGAUCUCCUUAGGGAUAGGGGAUCAAUAUCCAGGUCUUCAUCUCCAUCUAUGAACUGCUAUUUUCUAGGGACCUUUUUUCGUUUGUCUCUUUUAUGUUUUUUCAAUAUAUGUUCCAGUGUGUUUGUUUAGGAACCAAGUCUCUCACCUUAUCCUCUCCCUUAUUAGAACGAGAAAGUAAAGGAGGACGAAAGGAAAGGAAAGGAAAGCAGGGCUACUUUGAAGGGCUGGAGAAGACCUCUGGUGCAGAGAUCUUGUGAUUAUAUGAGGCCAUGUGCACAGGUUUUACUUCGAGAAUGUGAAUGCUACUCAAUGUAGUUGCAUACUCUUGAUCCUUCAGUCUGGUACCUGUCAUUGUCAUUGUGUGCAAUAAAUAGCUAGUAAUAGUGUCUCGUCUUCUUGGUCAGGUUUUCACAAUAUCCGUGGAUGCCUAUUUAUCCUAGAUAGCCUUUUUUAUAAGCUUGUUUUUCAUGUCCACCAAAUUGUUUUCAUAGUUGGAAGAGAACAAUUACAUUCUCAAGUCU